ACUGGGACGCCGAGCGAUGCAGCAGUCCCGUCAAAACCCCCAGGUCCUCCUCCAGCAGCCGGACCACUAGAACACCUGUAGUAUCACUAUCAGUAGCACGACGCUUGGAUUAAAAAAAAGUGGAAUCAAAUCAAUCAAAUAUGACCGGAGCCAUUUGGAAUCAGAGCGCCGGUGCGACAUAGGUGCGUCAAUUAUAUUCAAGAAGAAAGGAAUAACGCAAAAUGAUUCCAAAAAUAUUUAGAUUUGCAGUGAGAGUGAUUCUAACUGAAAUAACAUUUAACUCCUAUGAUGUAAUGAUUGACUAUAUAUCUCAGAGCUCCAUACAAAAUUUGCAAUAUUUGCAAAAGAAGCCCUCUGAAUUCUGCAUUUAAGGUUGUUUUCUUUUCGAUAAAUGAACUUUUGAGUAAUGUGAUAUCUUUUACAUAUGAAAACAUCGCUUCUUCACACAGAGAAAGAGAUCUUCUUGCGACUUAACCCGCUUUAUAUUUUGCAGGACAAAAGAGGGUCUUGCUUGAAAUUACGAUGCAUCUCACAGCGGUGGUCUUAAUUCUGGUAGUGACAGGCAUCGCCAAAGGUUGGGAAUGCAGUGCAGGGUGCAACCCAGAAAAUGGGUUUUGUGAGAAGCCAGGGAAGUGCAGGUGCAAACCAGGGUGGCAAGGAGAGAACUGUGACCAGUGCGUGCCCUUCCCCGGCUGUCUGCACGGCACAUGUGAGAAGGCAUGGCAGUGUAUCUGCAAGGAGGGCUGGGUGGGCAGCCUGUGUGACCAAGAUACUCGCCUGUGCUCAUCCAGGCCUUGUGCUGGUAAUGCCACCUGCAUAGAGACAGUAGAGGGGGGAUACCUGUGCAUCUGUCCCCAUGGCUACACUGGUGAAAACUGCCACCUGAAGAGAGGACUUUGUCUCACGAACGGCUCUCCUUGUCAGAACGGAGGCACAUGUACGGAUGCCGAUGGCUCAGCAGCUUACUCUUCCUGUUUAUGUCCCCCUGGAUUUUCUGGAGACUUCUGUGAGAUCAGCAUUGACAGCUGCCAACCGAACCCGUGCGUCAACAGUGGAAACUGUACAAAUCACGGCCUGGCCUUCACAUGUGUCUGUCCGCACGGCUUCACUGGUUUCACUUGUAAUGACACCACCAGCCUCUCGCCCUGCGCCGGCAGGCCCUGCGCCAACAGGGGCACGUGUGUUGGUCAACCUAAUGGAACCUUCCGGUGCAUUUGCCAAAAAUGGUUUACAGGUCCCACAUGUUCCCUGCAGCACAGGCCGAAGGCCAAGUCCAAGCCGGUCGGCGCCAGGCCUGUGGACCACAGAGUGUUUGCGCUGACUCCGCAGCACUACUCCCUCCCUGCUCACACCUUCCACAAGCUUCUCAGACCGCCUGAGAGAGACCUGCUCAAGAUCACCCUGAAGGAGACAGUCCACUCCCCCAGCGUCCUUGUCACCCACGGCCAGCUCGUCUGCUUCGGCAUGCUGGCCCUGCUUACCUGUCUGGUCAUCCUGGGCACUACAGGCAUUGUGUUUUUUGGCCGCUGUGAGACGUGGCUGGCUAAUGCCAAGUACAGCCAGCUUGUUCGGCAGCAAAGGGAACACCUGCUGAGAGAAGCCGGCGGCGCGGGCCAGGAAGAGCCAGAGCACUCAGUAAAUAUCAUCCUGCCGGAGAAGAUUAGACUCACCAGCUUUGGGAGACACUACACCUCCAUCUGAUUAAAUCAUCUCUCCUUCUUCCCCUCUCCCCCUGGAAGGAGUUUAAUAUGAAUGUCUAAAAAUAGCAUGAAGGAAAUACUAUGACUGUUGUACAGUUUUGUUAAUAAAGAGAGUGAUACUGGACUACACUGGAGUGUAUUUGUAUGUAUAAUCUACUGGACCAAGUGGACAACGAUGACCCUGGAUUGUAAAUAUAAUUUUAAUUGUACCGUUAAAAAAAACUACCCAUUAAAAAUAUAUGAAAUUCUAAAAGAUGUUCUACCAAAUAGCACCUUAAUGGCUGGUAAAAAUUGUGUUGUAUUUCCUCAGGCCAUUUUUGACUUCACUUGACAUCUGCUCUGUUACAUGUUGAUUUGUAAUACAAAUAUUAAUAUUAUAAAAGGAAAAAUUAAGCUGAUUUAAAAGUAGCCACUAACAGAGCACAUGCAUCAUUUGUAAUUAAACUAAGUAAUUGUACCAUUGAUUUUUAAUUUGUUAAAUUGUAUUCAGAUUUUAUAACCAUGACUGGAGCUGCAACGAUUGCUAUUUUGAUAAUGGAUUUCUCAUUUUAGUCACUUUUUCAAACAAAAAUGCCAAGUAUUAUUUGUUUUCAGCUUCUCAAAUGUGAGUAUUUGAUGCUUUUCUUUGUCUUAUGUGAUAGCAAACUGAGUUAUUUUUGGGUUUUGGACUGUUGGUCGAAUAAAACAAGCUAUCGAAAUAGUUCACCUUAGGCUUUGGGAUAUUUUAACGGGCAUUUUUCACUAUUUUCUGACUUUUUAAUCGAGAAACUAAUCAGCAGAUUAACAAACAAUGAAAAUAAUCGUUAGUUACAGCCCUAAGCAUUUCCAUACAGCAUAUUGUGAAUUUGCCAUUUCAUAAUUAAUGCAAAAACACAUAUUGUGAGUUUGUACAGUGUGUGCAGUUAAAAUGUGUAAUUAGAUAUUACGACAUGCUACUUUCAAAUCCUGCAGGUUAUAACUCUACAGAGCUAGAUCAUUUUCAUGUAAAGGCAUUACUGUACAGUAUGUACCUGGAGGUAAUUUCAUUUCUCAAAUACCACCCAAUUUUCUCUUUCUGCAGAUGUAUCAUUUUAGCUGUUGGUGUUAAAGUUAUAUACGUAGAUGUACACUCUGUUAUAAAAGACACGGGUUAUUUCACAGUUCCUCAAGAAAUGCCACUUUCUAUUUCCAUCAUCCUCUAUUUGUAGCCAUGCCAUGAAUAUCUUUAUACCUUCACCUACUGAUCAGUCUCAAACUCAUUUGCAGUUUCUCAGAGAUUUUGCUAGAUUUUCCAACAUUGCUUCUUAGUGCCAGGGUUGGAAUUUCACAGGUCAUGCACCGUGCAUCUCCAAGCCCCAAAAUCAAUAAUGUAACAUCUGUUAAAUGUUAUUGGUUUGUCUCAUCACGCAUGAGAUGGCCACCCACUGCUGAUGGAGGGAAAAGUGUGUAGUGAAACAAGAAAAACAUACCCACUAAAUAUUAAACAUAUAGAACAUAUUGCAUGUAAAAUAUUGAAAUUAAUUCAACUGCUCAUAUGAGGAUUAAUGUGGUUUUAGAGUGGGAGAAUUUUUCUCUUCCCUCUCACAAUUAUAAGUCCCCUUCAGUCCCCAUUCAGCCUGGAAGGAGAUUCUGUUAAUGUGGUAGGUUGUGUUUAUCACAUUUCUCUGAUAGCGUCGUUAUCUUGUGCUUAUAACAGAGUUACAUUUUAGGUUGUGUUGUACAUUGUGCAGAAGUGAAAUUUUAAGUGGCAUUUCUACAGGGGGGGAGCAGUGACUGUGACCGUGCAGUUCUUAUCAGUAUUUUUUCCAGCCUUUGAUUAUUUGAUGUUGUGCUUUGGCCAGAUAAUGUUUUAUUGUCUGUUCAUUGCUUUUAAUAAAAUAUGAAUGAUAACAGUGA